GGGGCGGGGAGGGGGCCCUGGCGGAUAAAGAUGGCAAUGUCUCUCAUCCAAGCGUGCCGCAGUCUGGCUCUCUCAACAUGGCUGCUUUCCUUUUGUUUCGUGCAUCUGCUCUGCCUGGACUUCACCGUGGCCGAGAAGGAGGAAUGGUACACCGCCUUCGUGAACAUCACCUACGCGGAGCCCGCGCCGGACCCUGGGGCGGCGGGCGGCGGCACCGAGCUGCACUCGGAGAAGACCGAGUGCGGGCGCUACGGGGAGCACUCGCCCAAGCAGGACGCCCGCGGGGAGGUGGUCAUGGCCAGCUCUGCCCACGACCGCCUGGCCUGCGACCCCAACACCAAGUUCGCCGUCCCGGCCCACGGCAAGAACUGGAUAGCCCUCAUCCCCAAGGGCAACUGCACGUACAGGGAUAAGAUCCGGCACGCGUUCGUGCAGAACGCCUCCGCCGUGGUCAUCUUCAACGUGGGUUCCAACACCAACGAGACCAUCACCAUGUCCCAUGCAGGUGUAGAAGACAUCGUGGCUAUAAUGAUUCCUGAGCCAAAAGGGAAGGAGAUAGUCAGCCUGCUGGAAAGAAACAUCACCGUGACGAUGUACAUCACCAUUGGAACGCGCAACUUGCAGAAAUACGUGAGCCGCACGUCAGUUGUCUUUGUGUCCAUCUCCUUUAUCGUCCUGAUGAUCAUUUCCCUCGCAUGGCUGGUCUUUUAUUAUAUCCAGAGGUUUCGAUAUGCAAAUGCCAGAGACAGGAACCAGCGCCGACUGGGAGAUGCAGCAAAGAAAGCAAUCAGCAAGCUCCAGGUCAGAACCAUCAAGAAGGGUGACAAGGAAACAGAGUCCGAUUUUGACAACUGUGCAGUUUGUAUCGAAGGGUACAAGCCCAGUGAUAUCGUCCGGAUCUUACCCUGCCGGCAUCUUUUCCACAAGUCCUGUGUUGACCCCUGGCUCCUAGACCAUCGCACCUGUCCCAUGUGCAAGAUGAACAUUCUUAAAGCCCUAGGGAUCCCGCCCAAUGCCGACUGCAUGGACGACUUGCCCACAGACUUCGAGGGAUCUCUGGGAGGCCCACCAACCAACCAGAUCACAGGCGCAAGCGACACGACCGUAAAUGAAAGUUCGGUCACUUUGGACCCUGCUGUCCGGACUGUGGGAGCCUUGCAGGUGGUCCAGGAUACAGAUCCCACCCCGCAGGAGGGAGAAGUCAUCUUUUCUACCAACAGUGAGCAGGAGCCAGCCGUCAGCAGUGACUCUGACAUCUCGUUGAUUAUGGCAAUGGAAGUUGGACUGUCUGACGUAGAACUUUCCACUGACCAAGACUGCGAAGAGGUGAAAUCUUGAAAUGGCGAAUCUAGAAGGGAUGGUAGGACCCCAGACGAAGGAAGGGAGGAGCGCCCCAAGACUUGAACUGGGCACACACACUUCCAGGACAGCGUGGCAUCUCCACGCGCUCCGCUCGAGAAUGGUCCCGAAAAGCAAUAUCCAAAGUCACAUCGAUCAGAUGCAGUUUCUCUGUCUCUACAACAGUCCAUGGCCUUGGCGACUUGGAAGUUGAAAGCUGAUUUUCCUUCCCAUGUCCUUGUAGACAUACACUUCAGAAGCUCCUCAAACAGACUGAAAGGACACUUUUAGGGCUUCCUAGGUUCAUUUCCGUUUUCCCCAGGUCUUGUCUUGCUUUGAAAUUGUGUUUGAUUUCUGUGGCAGUUUCUUUUUAAAGACUGUGAGUAGCCUCCUUUAGGUCCAUUGCUUUGUUUUCCUUUUGGUUCACUCCAGAUUUUACGUUGAUUUCUGUUUAGAAGCCCCAGUUCCUGACAUGAUCAGUUUGUAUUCCAUCUCUGAGAUGAAUGGCUUUGACCUCUCAGCAUGAAGUGUGCAUGGCUUUGGGAAGUGCUUCAGCACCCUGAAAUGGUUGAAGGCAAGCUUUCAUUAAGAAUCUAAAUUCUUUGAAAUGGAUCAUGAAAACCCCAGCUGCCAGAGACCCCAACACCAACCUCUGAAUCUGCCGAGGCCAUUGCUCGUUAGUUUCAGCUAUAUCACACUGGCUUCCACUUGCCAGGCUCUGGGAAGGGCCCACGUGACAUGAGAAGGACGCUCUAGAGAGGCACUUUUGUUUGUCUGGAUCUUACAAUCUUUGGCUGAAAUUCCAAGCUCAGAAGUCCCCUCCAGGGCACCAAGGCCCCUCUUCUUGGCUGCAGGGCUUGUAGCUGGGACUGCAAGCCUGUUUAAGACCAGAUAUCACCAAUUCUUCCUGAAAACAGAGUGUCUGUUGUACUGGCUUCCCCAAGGCUAGAACAGGCUCUGUUACCUCAAGUGGCUUCUGCAGGAGAUGGAAGCUUCAUAAAAGGUCUAGUCAGCUUUGAGCCCAGUGUCGCUCACAGUGGAGGCUGCUGCAGCACUUAGGUGGUACCUUAAUUCCAACAUACUUCUGGUACACCUCCCAGACCUCGAGGACGGACUCAGAUGAACCAUGGCAGAUGGCUCCCUGAGUGCGUCUAGAUACCAAGUGACGGGGGGAGGUGUGAUCUGAUGAGCCCUUUGGUCUAAAAAGCACAGCCUGGGAAUUGGCUAAAUCAAGUUUCUCCUGACUGAGAGAGACAAAGCGGGAAAGGAAGAGAGGCAGCGAGUACUAAAACCCGCCGGCAUUUUGAGACCGUUUAUGCUUAUAUUAUUUUUUGUAACUAUGACAGACAUGGGCUACUUUUUUCAGUGGGCAAGUUUGUGAUGCAUUUAGAGUCUUCUGAUGCAGAGGACUAAGGUAGCAGACAGAUUCUCUGGGCACUCAUAGAUCAGCUCCUCCUCUGUAAGGCCGUGAUGCCACGUGGCCUGACCAGGAAAGGAUGCGUUUAUACAUAAUUUGACGAGGCUUUCCCACCUCCUUACAUGAACACUCUUCCGAAAACAGAGUUUGAUUCUGCCAUAAAACUUUGCUGCCUGCUGAAGCACGGAAUGCAUGUCAGGGGGGACCCCUGGUAGCUCUUUAUUCACUACCUUUAACGUUUCCUAUUUGAUGCUUUCUAAGUAGGCAGCAAGGCAAGGAAAAUGAUGGCCAUCUUCAGAAAUGUCACAUCUCUCUAGGAGUCCAGUGCUUCCUCUAAUAAAAUCCUGGGAGGGGUGAAAACAGCACUGAACUGGGAGUCGGGAGGCCUAGGUGAGCAGCAUGCGAGCUGGACCGCAGUAUCUCCAUCUGUAAAGGGAGGAAUUUAACAAGAUGACGCCCAAAGCUCCUUCUGGCUGGGAGACCACCAGUGAGCAUUUCGCCGGGGGAUCCAUUUUUUGCAGACAGCAAUGAUAUGCAGCUGACUUUCCACCCUGCGGAGGCAGAGUUGCUGCACGGAUGACAUAUAAUAGCUUUUGAGACUUGGCGUGCCUAUGUUGAUGAGAAUGAGUAUCUCAGCGAGUGAAGUUUCGAGUCCGAGGAGUCGUUUGGUUUUGCCUUGUUUUAAAACUGCCGUUACUAGUUAUAGAGUUUGCAGUCUCUGGACACCGUCAAAUCCUGGUUCUCAACGUGGAAUUCUGACUCUCCAGGUGUUUUUUUUUCUUGGUCAGCAUAGACCUGAAUCACCUACUUACUCCUCCUUCAGUCAGCUUUGCCCCAAACAAAUUUUGGUUAUUAACUUAAGUCAAGUGGAAUUAGAAGGAUAAUGCAAUAGCAUAAGAAAUAUAAAUUGUGUUCCAUACCCAGAGAGAAAAUGCCUUUUGGGUGGCUUAGUCCUCUGUUUGGUGAGUGUUCUCUCUUGCCGCCGGUGACCCAGUAAAUCAGGAAUUGGUUGCAUGCGGCCACAGCAUCCUUGAGGAUGCUGCAUAGACGAUGAGGGGCCCAAAAGGCUCACCGGGGGGCUGUGGACGGACCUCACGGAGGUUCUGCUGCAAACCCCCCGGGCCUAGAAGUUUCUCCACUUACCAAAGGUUUGUUCCUGGAGAACUCUAUGUGGCUUUGGUAGUUAAAAAGAAAGUUUAACUGGCAUGAAAGGGUUCAAAAGAAAUGGAAACAGCCCUUCUCCCAUAGCGUUCCUCACCACCUCCCACCAAAGACCUGGGGACGCAGUGGUUCCCAGAGGGUGUCAGAGGGUUUGGGAACCCUCUAGAAGUAUAUGCAAACUUGAUGGGUAUUUGCAGAUGUGCAUUUUUCUGUCGUGAGUGUCGAGACCAGCACUGCCCAAUAGAAAUAUAAUGCCAGUCACACCUGUAAUUUUAAGCUUUCUACUGGCCACAUUAAUAAAAGUGAAAAGAAAUAGGUAAAAAUAAUUUAAUAAUAUAUUUAUUCAACCCAAUAUUAUUGUUUCAAUGUGUAAUUAAUGUAAAAAGUAUUGAUGAAAUACUUGACGUUCUUUUUUCAACCUAGUCCUCUAAAGACAUUGUGCGUUUUACACGCACAGUACAUCUCCAUUUGGAUGAGCUAACAAUUAGACAGUGCAGGUCUCGAGCUUCUCCAAUAUUCUCACAAGACUUCUUUGACCCUUACAAAGGAAAAAGGUUGAAACCUAAUUACCUCGUGAGAGAACUAGAGUCCACUCAAGUGGCCUAAUGAGAGGCCCAGAGAGCUGUGUGUUUUGUAAUGAAUAAAUAUCCAGGCCGCCCUUUUUGAAAUUUCUGCUUGACCUUUCUAACCACACCACUGAUGUCUAUUUCCGUUUACUGUUAUUUCUCUAACCAGUUGUCUUUUAAAAAGUCACACAAACCAUGUCGAUUUGGUGCUGAAACAAAAUGAUAUCCCUUACUUCUACGGCAAACCUUUAGGCUGAUACAUGGUCCCCAGGAGCCAAAGAGAAUUCCAAACUGUAGUCAUUCAACUUUACCUCAACCCCUAGCUGUCCUUCUUGCUGACUGGCAGAAGGUCUUUUCCCAGUCCUGGUGCCCCCUGGGGAUUUCAGAGGAAAAUAUCUGAAGUUACAUAUUGACUCCCAAUACCCGACUUUGUGUGGCCUUAUUGAGAAAAAGUCUUUGGGGCUUGUGACCAUCCAGCCUCUGUUUGAAUUAUGGCUGCCUGGCAACAGCCCAGCUCCACUUCGAAUCAGCACCGGCCUCUCAGCCCGAGGCUGUGGCUGGGAAAGGAGCAUUUGGAUUCCCCCAGAAUCACUUAGAGUCCCCUCUAGGAAUUGCUUACCUCCUGUGUGACUGGUCCCUUAAGGGAGGAACUGAGCCCUGAUCGUGAAUACAUCUUUUGACUAUUGAUUUCGUCUCUAGGGUUUGGUUCACCCCUGGAAGGUCACCUGCAUUAUCUAGGCAGGAAGAGUGGAGAGUUGGAGAAGGUAGAAAGGUAAUAGUGGAAAAGGCACCUUCCUAUUCGGACAUAGUAAGGAUCGUAACCGUGGAGGCAAAUCUCUGUCCAAAGAGGUUUGUUUUUUUGUCUUGUUUUCAGCAGCUCCCUCAUGCAGGUGGAAACAUGUCUGGACCUUCGUGGGUCUGAUUUGGUCAUAUCAAAAACCGCGGUGCGCAGUGGCCACUUCACUUAGUGCCCUGGCAUCCCUGUGGCUGCCGUGCUUUGAGAACUGAAAAUCCUGACAGACAGCCUAACGUAGGAUUCUUUCUUAUGUAUGAGUUUUGUUUAGAUGAAAGUUCUGGCAGAGCAUACACAAUAAGUGGCAUUAAGUUACCAUUGAAUGUAUCACCUGGACUGAAAACAAAGAAAUGCCAUUAAAUCAAAAUGCAGAAAGUCUGGGAUAUAGAGUCGUAUCCUCUGUGGAGCCAGGACCCCUCCCUCCGUGACACUAGGGACCCUGAGGCAUUUCUGGUAGAAUUUUUUCUCUGCUCUCACUUAGAUUCCUUUCCCUUUUCUGUCUCUAUCGCUGGUCCUCUCUGCCCGCCUGUCUCUCUUUCUGUACUCACACCCACACACAUUCUUCUCCCAUCUUUCAGAACAAAAACCCUGGUGACUCUACAUCUAUAAAGUCAUCGUUAUUGGAGUUGCCAUUGUUACCGUCGUUGGGGUUUUCUUCUUUUUACUGCAUGGCCAUGUCUAUUUUUACACUUCGGAUGAGGAAAGCCAGUUUACUAUAAAGGCAAUUAACUUCCUCUGUAAAGGAGCUGGCCCCAUUUUCACUUCUCUUGUCACUAAUUUUAUCGCAGACCACCUAUCGCUAUUGCCUUUUAGUUCAAGCUUCCUUGCCAGAAAAAUCUCCUCAGUAAAUAAUGGCAAGACAACAACUCCAGAAUGCUGUCGAGAUUUAUUAUCUUCCUCCUCCCACAUCGGUGACCUUCCUAGUCCCCCACAGCCCCCAGGGUUAGGAUUUCUUAGAAAAAUGUGUGGGCUCUACGGUACCCGAUAGCCACUCAUGCUUCUGAAUCUCGUAGCACAAGAGCUUGCUCUUCAUAAGUGCUCUGAGAAGCUACUGCUUCCUUAAGACUGGGAAAGAGAUGCAAAGAAGCCAUCGUCCCAAGGUGAGGGACACGGGGUUCCUCGUGCACUGCUCUGUGUCCCAGAAGUCCCUCGUCCACGCUAUUGGCGGGCCAGGACUGAAGAGUGCAUUUGGUGAUUGCGGUUAGAGGACAGUAUGAAUACUCCACUGCAGGGAGUCAGAAAGCAGGAUGGCGGGAUACAAACGUGGAUGCCUUUCCCGAAUAAAUGCUCAUCCCCUGGGUUUAGAACUGGCCUGGUUUCUCUCUCUCUCUCUCUCUCUCUCUCUCUCUCUCUCUCUGUUAAGGAGUUAAACACUCAUGCCUGCAAAGAAUGUUGGGGUUGCCUGAAAACUAGAUUAACUCUGAGAAGCAGGUGUGAGUGUCUUAUCACUUACCUCUUCCCUUUCCUCCUGUCCUCCCCGUCUCACAACCCCAGGCCCUUUGGAACAGGAACAAUAACUUGUAAAGAUCCCUCGAUCAAUAGCCACACUCUUCUACUUUGAGCCUCUUUAUGGCACUAAAUCAUCAUCCCAAAACUAAAGGAGUGAGUCCAGAUCCUAGAUGUGUGGACCCUUAAUUAUCGAGCCCUUUGAUUGCAAAACAGGCUGUUCUGUACAAAACCUUCUUAGGUCAUUACAUCUCUCCUUGCCGUCCUCUCAACUAUGCCCCUAGCACUUCAUCAUCAAGUGGGCUUUGCCAGGAACCUCUGUUGGACCACUUUCUCAUCCUUGUGCUACUGUUGAUGUUUGCACUUACUCCAGAGCCAUUCGCUCCGUGGCUGCCUGAUACAUAGCUGUUGAUGCUUUGAUAAGGCAAGAAUAUCCAUCUCCUAAGAGGUCUGUACGUCUGAAUAGAGCAUGGGAGAAAUCCAUGGAGAAAGUAACUCAACCUGAGUGACCCAAAGUCACUGCUUGGCAGAAUGUCUGUGGUCUGGCUCUCCUUACGGCAGUGGAGGACGUGGAGAAGCAGGGAAAAUGUGGGGACCAUGUGUGUUCUCUAAACCAAAGAUGGAUCACCAUCCAAAUGGACACAUGUUUCUUCCAGGGGCCAGUUUAAUUUUCUUCUAAUGUUCUCAUAAAUAAAAGUGAAGGUGGCUUACUGAAACUUUUGGGGGCGGGGAGGCGGGGCGUUGUGGGGUGGUUCUGUUGCAGGCUGGUGAUAGACCUUACUAACUUCAGAAACCUGAGAAAACGUCUCAUGGCCUUAGCACCACAGCAUUUUUCAAGUCGAGUGUUUAGUCCCCUUUUCCCUCAAAAGUUUUAGACAAAUCUAGGGCUUUAUUGAACUUAGAAUAUUGUUUUCUUGGAGAAUGUGACGAUUUUUAAAUAGCCAAAGAAUUUUCAUGUAUAAGAGCUAGUUAACUACAGGAUAGCCCGCUCUGUUGAAGAAAAUACCAAACUACUGCCUGUACUAAUAGGUAGUAGAGCCGUUGAAGGACUGCUAACAUACGGACUUUCCAGUCUGCGUUUGUGCUGGCAUCUAUGGCACUUACUGCUCAAUGUUUGCAAGGGGGCAGGACGCCCUCUGCUGGAAUAAUCGCCAUUAUUCUUUUAGCCAAUGAGUUAAACCUAGAGUCACCAUUUCCUCAACAACUAGUUACUUGCCUUUUAUCAUCCCAUUUCCUCAGUAGUUGAGAAUUUCCUUUAUCGAAGGAGGAAGGAGUGU